AUGAGGCGCCUGUUGGGCAAUGAGCGUAUCAAACAUAAUUUGACCAAAGCGUGGAUCAUCGAGGAUGUUAUGGCAUAUGCAACUCUUGACAUUAAGAAAGACGCUGCUGGUUUGAUUACUUUCAUUUCUCGAUGGCGCCCCUCGACACACACGGCCGUAUGUAGAUGGGGAGAGAUGACCAUCACCUUGGAAAGAGUGGUCGUGUUGAUGAAUCUUCCUAUUGCUGGAAGUUUCCAUUAUAAGCUAUCUGCUGCAGAAAGCGUCAUCCUCGAUGCUAUACUUCAGAAGGCUGGAGAGUAUGAACAACAGAAAAAGGAUGCGAAAUUUUUUUAUACUUGGUGGGUGUCUGAGUGGUCUCCCGCAAAACCAAAGCCGGGACAAGCACUGGAUGAUGAACUCAGCGUAGUUGUGUUUCUGUCUUUGUGGCUGUCUAGGGACAUCUUUGAUGACGGUUCUGGGAAGAAGACUAUAAGAGAGGAUCUCUUCAUGUUUUCUAUAAAGUUGGCGAAAGGUGUGGUCCUCCCUUUGGGCGCCUUAUUCCUUGGAUCACUGUAUUCUCUUCUGGAUGCUUUGGCGGUAGACAUGCAUGCUUCCAACGGGUAUAAGAAAGUGGAAUCGCAUAUUCAUGUUGCUUUUCUUCAGGCGUUCCUGUGGGAACAUUUCAAAGGUUACGCCCCUGUCCCUGCGACUUCGUCUUCCGGUUUUUAUGGCGGUUCAAGGAUACUCCGUUGGCAGAACAGACGUCCAAAACCCAGGUCGAGACUUGUGGAUUUUAUCGAUAACGUGUACGCCAUAUAUUUCCGUCCGUGGGGACCGGUCUAUUCUUUCGUGGUUCAACCGGAAACUUUCAAUACUUCCCCUGACAUUGUGUUGCACACUGAGGGAAAAACCAUGAAUCCUGGAGAAAUCAUUUUCCCGCGAAGUUGUAUGCCAGGAUAUAUUUCAUCUUUCUUUGAUGAACUCCUUACUGUAGUUCCUUAUAAUAUUGACAAGGCCGCUCGCCAGAUGGGAUUUGACCACGGCAUUCCAUUCCGUCAUCCUCCAAUUCCUUCAAAGGAUCUCGUUCCAUCUGUUCUCAAUGUUGACAUCUUCACACCAGAGCAGAGCCUUCCAUUCUUGCCUCUUGGAAGAAGGCCAACUGCGACUGGUGGGUAUAAGCGUUUUUGGAAAGGAAAGUUGUUAGCUUUUCAAAAGUUCUCGUAA